GGGGUGUUCUACUUCUUCGGCGACCUUCUCAUAAUCAUUGCGUCUGUUCUUGAGUUUUUCCGAGGUCGCACUUUUCAGGUCGCUGUGUUUGGAUCCUUUGGGGGUUUUGGUUGUCAUUCGUUGGGACGUUAACACCAUUCUUUAACGCGGCUGCAGUAUAUCAACCCGAUUCACCUGAAACGGCACUCACAAACCCGACAUUCAAUGCCCCAUUUGCUUACUUCCCGUUGUACAUGGGGCUCCUUUGCUUUAUCUACUCCAUUGCCUCUCUGAAGACUAAUGUGGUGCUCAUGCUGACGUUCCUACUUUUGGGUUCCUAUGCUGGGAUGUAUCUCUGGGAUAUUUUUCAAGGCUGUAGAUGGAUUCGCUGCCACAAAACUUAUGACAGCGGCCGGUGCUCGUGGCUUCAUUGUCUGCAUCCUUGGUUAGUAUCUGCUGUUGGUGCAAAUCUUGUCUUCAGUUACAUUCCCUCUUAACCUUCCAGUUGGAGAUCUUGCGUGUUUGACAAAGCGGUUGAAGCAUAAACGCAACUUAGGG